AUGGCAGAAAACUUGGAGAGAGACAAGAGAUCAAGAACAGCCCACAAAACACAUGUACGGCGAAUAAUAAGUGAAACCAACGAAUUAUUGACGAUAUUUGACGAACGAAAACCUGAACAUCGGCAAAAAUAUAAGCAUUACAAGUCUACGCUAGAGCGAAAGAGAGACGUGAUUAACGACCUUGACAAGUCCAUUUUAACGGGAAUUAAAGACGAGGAGAUCGAAGCCGAAAUCGAAGAGACGUCGGAGUUUACGGACACGAUAAAUCUGACUUUAAUAGCUCUCGAGGAAGCGAAAAUAUCAAAGGAAAACGAAGGCAAAAAUGUCGAGAACGCAAGUCAACCUGAAAGUUCACCGCCUCUAGAAGAGGGAAAUCACAACACAUCCAGCAUUUCAAUCGGUAGCAAGGUAAGAGCUAGACUUCCUAAGCUACAAUUAUCUACAUUUAAUGGAAAUUACACUGAAUGGCAAUCCUUUUGGGACAAUUUUGAGUCGGUUAUUGACUCGAAUGAAGAUUUGAGUGAAAUCGACAAGUUUUCGUAUUUGAGAGCGUCGUUAAGUGGGUCAGCGGCAUCCGUCAUUAAGGGGUUUCCCCUGACAGGAUCAAAUUAUUCUGGUGCAGUUAAAUUAUUAAAGGAAAGAUACGGAGAUUCUCAGAAAAUUAUUAGUACUCACAUGGAUUUAUUGAUAAACUUACCAGCAGUUUUAAAUGGGAAAGAUCUUAAGGCUAUGAGACAAUUGAGCGAUGACAUUGAAGCCCAUAUGAGGGCACUGGAGUCCCUGGGGUGCAAACCAGAACAAUACGGCGAACUAUUUCUACCAUUGUUGUUAAACAAAACUCCAAAGGAAAUUAGAUUGGAUAUAUGCAGUAAAGUAUCGGAAAAGUCAUGGAACUUUAAAUCAGUUUUAAAACAACUUAAUGAGGAACUAGCAAACAGAGAACGAUGUGAAAUAGUAGCAGCAACUAAGAACCCUCAGGAGGAACAUAAAAGAUUUAAUCGUGGUAAACAUUUUGGCCCAAAAGAUCCUACAACAACAUCAGCGUUUGUGGUUGGAGGAAAUAGAGAACAUACCUGCAUUUACUGUGCUCAACCACAUUUAUCGAUUAACUGUACAGUAGUCACGAAUGUUACGAAACGGAAGGAGAUCCUUAAACGUAGUGGCCGUUGUUAUGUUUGUACCAUGAAGAACCAUAUAAGCAAAACCUGUCAAUCAAGAACACGGUGUGGCAAGUGUCAGGGACGACAUCAUACCAGCAUUUGUUCUCAAGGCAAAGAAACUCGCAGACAAGAAAUGAGGAGUGUUGAGUCACAAACUGUAGAACACGGGAAACAGAAUAAAGCAGAGAACAGCACAAAGCAAGACCAAAGGAACAAAGACAACACAGUACCUGAAGGGUCCUCAACAAUGUGUGUCAACACGAAGAACGCAGUUUUACUCCAGACAGCUAAAGCGACAAUUUAUCGACCAGAUAAACCACAUCGUAAACAAAAGGCUAGAAUCAUCCUUGAUGGAGGGAGUCAGCGAACCUAUGUCACAGAAAGAGUUAGAAAUGAAAUGAAUUUAGUAACCUCACAUUCAGAAUCGUUGACAAUCAAGCCAUUUGGAUCAAGUGGUGGAACCACUCAGGUAUGUGACAUAGUGGACUUAUGUGUUAGUGUGGACGGAGAUGACGAUGUGAAAUUAUCGGCUAUCAGUGUACCAUUAAUUAGUGCCCCAGUGCAAGGGCAAUAUUUGAAGCAUGCAGUGAAGAGUUACCCACAUCUGUCAAAUUUACAGUUGGCUGAUGAUUGCGAGGGACACGCCCCGAUUGAUGUCCUAGUGGGAGCCGACCAAUAUUGGAACCUAGUGACGGGGGGAGUUGCCAGAGGUGAAUCUGGACCAGCGGCUAUUCAUACAAAACUAGGAUGGGUCUUAUCAGGUCCAGUAAAAGAGAUGCCAGUUCAGUCUAACUCAUCUACCAAUGUUGUUACUACGCAUGUCCUGAAAUGUGAAGUUGCAGUAAACCCAGAAAAACGUAACGUUGAGACAUUAGACAAAACACUGCAACAGUUCUGGGAGCUAGAAUCACUUGGAAUUAAACCUAAUGAGAGCUCAGUCUAUGAUACAUUCAACCAACGAAUUUCCUUUGACGGACAGAAGUACGAAGUUAGUUUACCAUGGAGAGAGUCACACCCGAUACUGCAUGAUAAUUAUCAAACUAGCGAGAAGAGAUUAAGUUCAUUGUUAACCCGACUUAAGAAAGAGCCCGGAAUCCUGAGAGAAUAUGACUCUGUGAUCAAAGAGCAGUUAGAGAAAGGUAUUGUUGAGGAGGUUCCAAGCAACGAAAGUGAUGUAAUUGGCGAAGUGCAUUACCUUCCACAUCACCCGGUAGUGCGCAAGGACAGAGAGACUACAAAGGUUAGGGUGGUCUACGAUGCAUCGUCGAAGGAGAGUGGUGGUCCAUCCUUAAAUCAAUGCUUGUAUACCGGCCCACCAUUAACUGAGAAAAUAGCAGAUAUUCUGAUGAGAUUCCGAGUACACAAGAUUGCGCUGGCGGGAGACAUCGAAAAAGCAUUCCUCAUGAUCUCAGUGGCUGAAGAAGAUCGCAACGUACUUAGAUUCUUAUGGGUUGAUGAUCCCUUGAAAGAAACUCCAAACGUGAUCGAACUGAGAUUUACUCGAGUCACCUUCGGAUUAUCUUCGAGUCCGUUUUUGUUGAAUGCAACCUUAAAGUACCAUAUCUCAGCAUACCAAAGGGAAGACCCAGAGUUUGUAGAAAGAUUGUUACAGUCAUUAUACGUGGAUGAUAUCGCAACAGGUGACGAAGAAGAAGAUGAAGCCUAUCGAUUGUACAUCAAACUGAAGAAGAGACUAGCUGAAGGGGGAUUCAACGCCAGAAAGUUUGUGUCCAAUUCGAAAGCCCUGAUGGAAAGAAUAAAGGAAAAUGAAAAACAUCUGAAUACUGCGGACGAGAAGAGAAAGAAAUUCGAGAACGACACAUCCUGUAAAGAAGAAGACGAAUCGUUUGCAAAAACUAUGACCGGACCGCAAAGUUCGCAACCGAUGACAGAGAAACUACUCGGAGUCCAGUGGUGCACAGAAGAAGAUUGUUUUGUUUUCGACUGCAAGCAAUUUCUUGACGAGGAGCCCAAACAACACCCAACAAAGAAAGAUGUUGUUCGAGUGACGUCGAAAAUUUAUGAUCCUAUGGGAAUUAUUACGCCACUGACUGUAAAACUGAAACUGUUUUGUCAGAGCUUAUUUAAGAAAGACAUUGGAUGGGAUGAACCGUUAGAUGAAGAGUCAUCCAAUACUUGGAAAUUGUUACAACAGGAAUUAAGAGAAGCGACGCCAAUUAAAAUACCACGGUGUUAUUUCAACGGAGUUAUAUCUGAAGAUAUCACCGCUAGUUUGGAAGGAUUCUGUGAUUCAUCAGUGAAGGCGUAUGCGGCCGUUGUGUAUUUAAGGCUAGAAACAAGAGAUGGCGUCCAAUUGAACAUCGUAGCUUCAAAAACUAGAGUAGCACCUUUGACGAAGCAAUCUAUACCGAGACUUGAACUGCUUUCAGCACUAAUAUUGGCAAGAUUAAUAACGCAUGUAAAGGAAGCAUUGAAAGGAUAUAUCGAUAUUUCAUCCAUACGUUGUUGGUCGGAUUCGGAAGUUGCGCUCUACUGGAUAUGUGGCGAAACUCGUGAGUGGAAACAGUUUGUACAAAAUAGAGUCCUAGAAAUAAGAAGUCUUGUUCCACCAGAACUGUGGAAUCACUGUGCUAGCAAGGAUAACCCGGCUGACAUUCCGUCGCGAGGAACAUCCCCAGUAGAACUAUCAAACAGUAUGUGGUUUAGCGGACCAGAAUGGCUGAAGAUCUACGCCGAUCCGAGUGAACAAACAAGUAUGAAUGAGAGUGAACCUCCAGAGGAAGUGAUCAAGGAAAUGAAAUUAGAGAAGUCAAAGAAACCUUCAGAAACGUCAUCCUUUAACACGACCUGUGAAGUAGGACAUAUUGGUGAAAUUAUCGAUUGUAAGAGAUUUAGUAGCUUAAACAAACUACAGAGAACUACAGCGAUAGUGUUGAAAUUUAUCCAGAUGUUGAAAUCGAAGAGAGAUCCGACCGUUAAAGCAAAGCCAUUAACAGACUACAUGCUACAAGCGGAGGAACUUUGGUUAAAAGAUGUUCAAUUUCAACUGAUGUCGAAGGCGAAGACAAGAAAAUGGGAGCGAGAAUUCGGACUGUACCGUGAUGAAAGAGGUAUUUUGAGAUGUGAAGGCAGACUCAAGAAUGCAGAAUUAACUACGACGCAGAAACACCCAGCAAUCUUGGAUGCGGAACAUUACGUAACGUCACUAAUAGUGAGAGAUAGUCACGAAAGAGUAAAACACAAUGGUGUAAAAGAAACCUUAACAGAGAUUAGAUCGAAAUUUUGGAUUGUUAGAGGUCGUCAAUACGUGCGAAAACUGAUACAUGAAUGUGCAGUAUGUCGACGACAGGAAGGAAUUGCUUACAAACCACCAGAUCCACCAGCAUUACCAGUAUUUAGAAUCACGAAAGAUCACCCUUUCACGUACACAGGGGUGGACUUCGCUGGACCACUUUAUGUGAAACAAGUGAAGGCAGUGGCUAUGGAGAAGGUUUACAUGGUUAUAUACACUUGUGCUGUGUCGCGAGCAGUACAUUUGGAUGUUGUGAGUGAUAUGACGGCAGAAGCCUUUAUAAGAAGUUUUAGGAGAUUCACAGCCCGCCGAGGAAUACCACGAGAGGUGAAAUCAGACAAUGGAAAAACAUUUAAAGCGGCUUCAAAACAAUUAGCAGCCCUAUUCGAGAUUCCAGAAGUGAAGAAAUACCUUUCAGAUCAAAGAAUUCGAUGGACAUUCAACCUUGAGAAGGCACCAUGGUGGGGAGGGUUCUUCGAGAGACUAAUUAAGAGUGUGAAGAGAUGUUUAUACAAGAUUCUUAAAAAUGCCAGAGUCACCAACGAAGAACUUUAUACCGUGCUUACGGAGAUAGAAGCAACACUAAACUCGAGACCGCUAACGUAUGUGUCUACGGAAGACCUAGACGAACCAAUUACACCUUCACAUUUGAUAAAUGGAACAAGAAUAAACUCGUUGCCAGACGCAGUUAAGCCAGGAGAGGAAUCGAGAAUUGAAGAGAUAACCAACAACAAAGUUGCAAGACGAGUAUCGUACCUUAGAACUUUAAAGGAACACUUUUGGCUGAGAUGGAAGAACGAGUAUCUGCUUGAGUUACGCAAUGCUCAUCGACAGAAGACUACACGACAGAAAGGAAAUUGUAUUAAAGUUGGAGAUGUUGUAGUUAUUCACGAAGAGAACGUACGUAGAGUAAAGUGGAAACUCGGUAGAAUCGAGAAACUGAUAGAAGGAAAGGACGGGGCUAUUCGCGGAGCGGUAGUUAACAGACAAAGGAGGAAAAUGUACGGAAAUUAGACGGCCAAUUCAGAAAUUAUACCCGGUUGAGUUGUCGGAAGGCGAUUAAGAAAUUGUAACGGUAGGAGAUAACACGGAGAACGCUUUAGAGAAAGACGAUCAGAAGACGGAAUUGAGAAGGAGACCAAUACGGGAGGCAGCAAGAAAGGCACAAGCGAAGAGACAGGAACUCAUUGAAUCAGGAAGUUUGUAGGCAUUAACGUUGUUAACAUUUGAUUACUUUAGUUAUGAAACUGUUAUGUUGACCAUUGUAAGUCAUGGUCAACGGGGGGAGUGUAGGAUAUUUAUGAACAUGCUUAGGUAGAAAGGGAUAGAUUAUAUAACGCGAAUUGCAUGACGGGACUGAACAUGUGCGAUAGAAGUGUGCGCGAAUUUGAGAGUUAUAGA